AUGGUGCCGGAGCUGGUAGUUGAACACCAGCAGCAGCAGCUCCGCAAAAGUCUCGGGGGCCACUUGGAAGAACCCAGCCGACCACCCGUCGGGACCCGGACUGCCAAACAAGCGGGAUGCUUGUCAUUCAUGCAGCUCUUCAAUUUUGAACAACAUCCGUGGUCCAAAGCCAUUUUGCAGAUCAAGAACAAGGAAUAUUUGUUUCCCCUUGGUGUUGCCCAGCACCAUUGCUGCCAAUCGAUCUUUCUCGUUGCCGGCGCAUCGCAUCCAAACGGUCUCCGCUCCGCACUUGUCAAUAGUUUGCUUCG